UUUAAUACGACGCUAUGUAUCUGCGUUUUAUAUGAUUCCACUUUCCUCUAUUUAAAUAAAUCCUUCACUUUCCUCCGCUUACAUUUCCCUACACUGAACCAUCACUCAGAAAAAAAUGGCUCGACAAUUUGCUGUUGUUGCGAUCUGUAUCGUCCUCAUCGCCAGCGUUAGAGGUCAAGCUCCGUCUUCACCACCAACCACCACACCAGCACCACCGACUACAACAACUCCGCCACCAGCAGCCACUCCUCCUCCUGUCUCAGCUCCUCCACCCGUAACAACUUCUCCUCCUCCGGCUACUCCUCCUCCAGUCUCUACACCUCCCCCAGUCGCUUCUCCACCUCCAGCAACUCCUCCUCCCGUCGCUUCUCCUCCUCCCGUUGCUACUCCUCCUCCAGCUCCUCUUGCAUCUCCUCCCGCUCAGGUUCCGGCUGCAGCUCCAACUACGAAGCCAGACGCUCCUUCUUCAUCUCCGUUGUCUAGCCCACCUUCCCCAGCUACUGAUGCUCCCGGACCAAGCACCACUUCCCUCUCUCCAGGACCCUCCACCGACUCAAAUGACCAGAAUGGAGCAAGCAAGAUGGUUUCAAGCUUGGUACUUGGAUCUGUUCUCGUUUGGUUUGUGAUUUAAGCGAGACUCUUCCACACGGUGUUCAUUGCAUUAAUUUUUAUGUCGACGUUUGUUUGUUCCAUUGUUAUUAGUUUAUUACUUUUGAGACGGAAUUCUUUUAGGAUUAUUAUCUUUCGAAGAGGAUAUUAUUGAGAGUUGAGAUGGACUGAAUUCUUUUA